AUGCCCGCCAGUACCCCCAGACGCUCCCUAGGAGCAGCCGCUACGGGGAAGAGGAUGAUAUUUACAGGCCCAGAUGCUAUUCGUGAUUACAGAACAAAGCUCCCUGAGUAUACUUGCUACAUCGGAGCAACCACUCCAGCACAAGGGGCCACCGCUGACCUUGAGUACUUGUGGCGUACUGCCCCCUGGACGACUUCUAUACUGCCCCACAAACAUUCCUACCCUGGACAAAUUGGCUGGGGAGUAACAGAAUUUAGUUAUCUCAACAGAGGAAAUCUGCUCAGUGGCAUGCAGAUUAAGACUGGAGAAUUCCGUCAGGCUGCUGAAGAUGAGAUAACUCAUCGAUACCAGAAUCCAUGGCAGCCUCCACUCAAUAUUCUUGAUCUACAAGGCUGCAACGCUAGGGGCAGGCUUGCCUGGAAUUGCACUGACUAUGACAACUUCUAUCACGCUGACAGCAAAUGGGCUGCAAUGACCAGGGAUAGCUGGUCAUCAAGGGGAGCUGCGCUUCCCAGCUUAAAGAACUACUGGCAGCUCUUCCUGGGAGAGAGGACAAAAUCUACUGCCCAAACAGGCAUCAUACAGCUCCCUCCAGCUGGCUUCUAUAUACCUCAGCCCUGGCUUCUUGUUUCCCUAAGCCAGCUCCCACUUUCCUGA